GAUUUCCUUUGUAGGUUGUUCACUAAACAGGAUGCAUCAGUUUGAGUCCUGUUAUGGUACUUGGAAGGCCUACGAACAGUUCCUUCUCCAGUCUCUGAGAUGAACUGAAUAUUUUCUCGUCAAAGCGAGUAGUAUUUUAUAAUUAAUAAUACUGACGGGAUGAUGCGCGUACUGAUUCUGAUGUUAUUCUGUUUUGUCUCUGGCGGGACAGACCGAGUGAGCACGACAUGCACCCCUGAGGCUUGCCUUACGUUGCAUUUGGAGAAAAAACCUUUUGAAAACGCUUCAGAAGACUGUAUCAAUAAUGGCGGCAAUUUAGUUACUGUGAGAAAUGAAAAUGAACUUCAGAGCAUCAAAUCGGUUCUUUCAGCAGCAGGAGAAUACAACAUUCUUAAUUCUAAAGUUUGGAUCGGACUAAUGCUGCAGAAAACAAACUGCACCGAUUUAACUGAGAAGUUAAGGGGCUUCAGAUGGACGUCAGAGCCAACAGAUUCCAAAUAUUCUAACUGGAAAAACGAACCUUUAAGCACGUGCACGGAAAAAAGAUGUGUGUCGAUUUCACUGGCAGAUGGUCUCGAGUGGUCAGAUGGCUCAUGUAGAGACAGCGCAUUUUAUAUGUGCAAAUUUCUCUUCAAAGGAAUGUGCAAACCAAUAGUCUUGGAAGAACCAGGUUAUGUCAAAUAUAACGUUCCGUUUUUAGGACUAUUUAAUCCGUUAACUCCAAAUGAAAGGCUGGUGAUGGUACCACAUGGGACCUGGGCUGAAAUACAGUGCGGCGGCUCGGAAGAUGCAAAAACUUUUGUCUCAAUUUGUGACAACAAAAACGCUCAUUUUGGCUGGACAACUGAGCGUUUUUGCGCACGAAAUAAAAGUUGUAAAAGCAAAAACGGAGGCUGUAAAAACCACCUUACAGACACUGCAGGAGCAGGUGUUCGUUGUGACUGUCGUGAAGGCUAUUACCUCAAGGAUGAUAAAGUGAGUUGUGCUCUUAAAAUUAACUGCGAAAAAUCACCUUGCGAAUCAAAGUGUAUACCGUCAUCCAAUUUGUCUUAUUACACAAUCAAUUACCCUGAAAUCGAUCAAUGUCAAAAAUGAAGCAGUCCCACCUACAUCGAACAAAGUCAUCAACGUAGGCCUACCUGCGGUGAACACAGGUGUCAAAACACUCCGGGAAGCUAUUUAUGUGAGUGUAAACCCGGUUUCAGGCUUGUAGCUGGCAAAUGUGAAGACGUGGACGAAUGCACCGAAUUCAGUUGUCAACAGGGCUGUCUCAAUUCACAGGGUUCAUUCUCUUGUUACUGCCACGCAGGAUACAGUUCAUCAUCAAACGAUAGCAGGAAAUGUAUAGAUAUCGAUGAAUGUGUCAGUAGACCGUGUGAAGACGUCUGCCUCAAUACCUUGGGUAGUUUCGAAUGUUCCUGUAGGGAACACUUCAUUUUGGCUAAAAAUGGCAUCAGCUGUGUCCCGGAGCCCACGGAGAAAAUACAAAUCACUCCAUCUCCAGAUCAUAGAGGAGCGUUCAUUACUAAACUGAGUCAGUUACCUGUCACUUCUGGAUCGUCAACAAUCAACACCCCUCCACUUAACAAGACACACACUAAAGCGGACUCUAGUACACGCAAAGAAAGUUUUUUCGAAAGUUAUUGGAUUUUGGUUUGUGUCUUAGGUUCAGUUAUUCCACUGAUUGUGAUCAUUGUGUUCAUGUCUGUCUUUGUUAUCCACCGAUGGAAUCGUUCAAGAAAAGCCGCUUUGAAAAACGCCACUGCUGACAACUACUGCUGGGUUUCAUCUGGAAUUGACAAAGAGCAUAAAAAGCGCAACAGUCAACUGAAUGACUAAAUGAAGCCCAAAUAUGAACGUUAAUUUUCUGUCAGCACCAAGUUCAAAUGUUAAUUCAGGCUACUCAAAUGCUGUUUUCCCCUUUUUAUAGUCUAUAAAAAUGUGUAAAUUUUUGUGACUUCUGUCCUUUAAACUGGAAUUCCAGAAUUAUCCUUUUUUUCUGUAAAUAAUGGACAAAUUAGUGAAAAUAAUAAAACCACACUGGGAUUGGCUAAGUUUAAUGCAAGUUGUAUAUGCGUUUAUGUUUCGUUUGUCUUUUUUUUUACCAUAAUAUUAUAUGUUUGCUGUUUAAUCAAUUGCUUUGCUUCAGAAUUAUUUUCCCGAAAACGUCACGAUCGUGGCAUUUGGGACAUGUCAGAAAAGGGCAAGGUUUGUAGAGUGAACUUUGUAUUUCUUUCUGGAAAUGGAAUCAUGAUGGAAUUUUGCAGUCUGUAUAGACAAGAAUGCAAGGUACAUAUAGAAAGAUUAACUUAACCUAUUCGGAGAUAUAUGUCUAUUCAUUUGAGUAAAAGUGUGACAGUUUAGCCCACUAUCCCCUUUAAAUUAACUAGGCUAUAUAAAAGCUAACGUUUGGACAAGUUUUAGACCUGUUCACAAACUUUACUAAAGGUUAUCUUAUAUUACUUUUUUGUUUGUUUGUUUGUUUCAUGUAUAUGAUAUAUACUAUUGUUGUAUAAAAAUCUCUGUACAUUUUCGUAGAAUAAAGAUUCAUUGAACUAG